AUGAACUCUUCUUUCCAAGACCCAACCUUCCAAGACAGCAAAUUCGCAGGGCCGUGCAAGAAUGCAUGUAGUGACUUGUUGAGCAGUGGUACACGCAAACGCUCUUCCAGAGGUCGUAGAAAGCGGAAAGAAACGGUGUCUCCUGGACUUCGUAAACCUAAACGCUGCUUGACCGCAUAUAACAUAUUCUACCAGCACGAGCGGGAGGCGACGUUGCUCGAGCUGCCCAUGAAUCCUUCAGGAAAACCCAGAAGCGCGAGCGGUAAAAUUGCAUUUAUUGAUUUGGUCCGGAAUAUAGCGCUCAAAUGGAAAGCUCUUGACACGAAGAGUCGAAAGUACUUUGAAGAGCUGGCGGUGAAAGACAGAGAAAGAUACGCAAUAGAUAUGGCGCAAUGGAGAAGCCGCAAGCGUCGCACAGAAAUCGAAGCUGAGCAACAGGAGAAAUCGACCUCACAGUCAGACGUCAACAAGAGCUCAAAUCCAGUUCCUAUGCCUGUGUCAAGAAGCAUGGUAGUAACAGGGUCAGACGAAUUUUUACCAUUUCAAUGUUCCAGCAGAAAUUCUGGUUUUAUGAAAAUGAAGGAAUUUUGGUCGCUUCAGGAACUCAAGCCUUCGUUAAAAAACCAAGGCCAUCUUGGUAGCAUGGAUAAGCUGCAGCAAAGGAACGAGCCACAAGUAUGGGGAGGUAUCUCAAGCUUCUAUCACGUAACAGACAUGCGCGGACCAAAAAUUUCUGACCUUAUCAGCAAACUAGAUGCUGAAAGCAUUUCUUUUCUGGUUGAAACCUUUACCAUCGACAGAAAACUGACAGCAAAACCAAUCUGGGGUCCGCCAGCCGUUACUGUUGAGACCUCCCGCAAAUAAGAGCAGUCGCAGAAUUGAUUGGGUUGUGGCGUAUUUGCAAGAAAUCGUUGAAUGUCACUGUGAACGAAUACGAUAU